AACUCAAGUACUCAACACACUACAUGUUUGUUCCUCCUCAAUGUUUGUUCUCGAUGAACCCUUCCCUUCACGAUCUGCCCAGACCACCUUCCACCAUUUCCUUCCGAUCUGAGCCCAUAACAGUCCCACCAUUCGUCUUCGCUUUGACUCGGACAAACGCCUGAGACAGCAAGAAAUCUUUUCACGACUGAUUGAUCAAAAGAUCGACGGAUAAUAAUGGAAGUGGGAGAGAGCUCAGGCGCAAGGCUCUCUGAAGAGGAAAUCUGGGCCAAGCUUGUUCCACCGGAUUCACGAUAUUCAGAAGUUAAUAUAAGGUCGGAUGAGAUUCUUGUAUGCUCAGAGAUCAGAUCCUCCUCUGCUGAUAAACAAGAGUGGUGCAAAAUAUCACGGAAUUCCGAUCUAUGUACUGCCACAAUGCAAAACGUGAGUUCCCAUACGAUACUUGUUAACGAGACUGUUGUCCAUGAUGAAGACACUAUUGUCAUCAAGUGUGGAACUGAAAUUAUUCCAGGCCCUGAUAGAGAAGGGUAUCUUAGCUACAGAUUCAAGGUAAUGCCUAGCCCGGAAAUCUGCAAAAAGAAAUUAAACAUUUCUGUUGAUGUUGAGCAUGCAAAAUGCAGCAUUUGCUUAAAUAUCUGGCAUGAUGUUGUUACUGUUGCUCCUUGCCUUCAUAACUUCUGCAAUGGGUGCUUCUCAGAGUGGUUAAGGAGAUCUCAAGAGAAACAUUCAAGUGUACUCUGUCCCCAGUGUAGAGCAGUUGUACAAUUUGUUGGAAGAAACCACUUUCUGCAUAAUAUUGCGGAGGAUAUACUGGAAACAGACUCUUCAUUAAAGCGUUCUGAUGAAGAAGUUGCACUUUUAGAUUGCUAUGCAAUGAUACGAUCGAAUCUCGUGAUUAGGUCUGGAAAAAGUCUUCCUCGGAAGAGGGCUCACUUACCGGUGGAUGAAGAAAGUGAUGACAUAGACCUUCCAUGCCCUCAAUGUGGUACUGAAUUGGAGGGGUUUCACUGCAACCAGAACACUGUCCAUCUUCAAUGUCAAGCAUGUGGAGGAAUGAUGCCUUCCAGAACUGAUAUUAGUGUACCUCAGCACUGUUUAGGAUGUGAUAGAGCUUUUUGUGGUGCUUAUUGGAAUGCUCAAAGGCUUACGAGAAGCAACUUCCACCCUGUUUGCAGUAGUGAGACUUUUAAACCAAUCUCAGAUUGCUCUAUUUCUAGGAUUCCUGAGGCUGUGCAUGAAAAGAAUCAGCACGAACAAGAUAUCACAAAGAGGUGUAUUAUUCGGAUGGGCAGAACAUUGCAGGAUGUUGUCUCAGAUUGGAUUGCAAAGUUCAACAACAGAGAAAUCGAUCGAACAAGGAUGCCUCUGAACCAUGCUGAGAUGAUUACUGCCGCAACAUACAUUUGCAACGAUUGUUAUGACAAACUGGUCUCAUUCCUUCUAUACUGGUUUCGGAUUUCCAUGCCCAAGGAUCUUUUACCGCCAGAUGCAUCAAAGAGGGAAGAUUGCUGGUAUGGAUAUGCAUGUCGAACACAGCAUCAUAAUGAAGACCAUGCUCGUAAGAGAAAUCAUGUUUGCCGUCCAACUAGAGGUAUUAAUAUGUAACGUACGUGCCUUCAGUGAUAUCUAUUUAUGGAUGUAGCCUCAUUUCUUUUGCUUGUAUUUUUCUUCCUUUAUGCUACUAUGGUGGUGUAACUCUACUGCGAAGAGAGUUAAUGAUUUAAUACCACCAAAAAUUCGCCUC